UUGUAUGAAUAAUUGUGACUCGAAAUAUGUUGUACUAUUGCGAAUCGGUCGUCAGUGAAAAAUUCUCAAUAGAAGAAGAAGACGAAAUGGCGGCAGUGUUAAAAAUUUAGUCAAUCUACUUUUAUUAAAAAUAUUCGCGCCCCAAUCUAGUUAUUUUAAAGCGAACACACAAAAUAAUUGUAUAUUAUAUAUUAUUAAACACUAUAAACAAGUGAGUAUUUCGUUCCCACCAUGAAUGCGAAAGCUGUGCGAGAUGCAAUAAUGAGCGAACGAGUAGUGCUGAAUGGCUCCGCGCCCACCCCAACCAGGCAGGAACAACAUCGCGCUGUUGGAUCCCUAGUGGUACUUACACAGAAAUUCGUGCGUUUGAUGAAGCAAAACCAUGGACGAAUUGAUCUCAAAGAGGCAACUGAGCUUUUGGAUGUGCAAAAACGUAGAAUCUACGACAUAACAAACGUUUUGGAAGGCGUGGGCUUGAUUGAAAAGACACGGCACAGCAGUACUGUGCGAUGGUGCGGCGCAUUAAACACAAGUACAGGUCGGGAAAGUCUGCGAGCGGCGCAUGCGCGAGCCAGACAUUUGAAAGCGCUCGAAGCCGAUGUAGAUCUGCAAUUAGAAUAUGCUCGUCGCAAUUUGAAGUAUGUUAAAAAUGAUGCGGUUAACAAGUCGUACGCAUAUGUGACGCGCGAUGACUUGCUUUCUACUUACGGAGAUAAUGUAGUUCUUGUAAUACCGAACCAUGAUGAGGAGGUCAAAAUAGAGCCUGGGCGCAAAUCUUUGUAUGUAUCGCUGGACAAUGGCGGCAAAGUUGAUGUGCGGCUGGUAACGCAACAAGGUACUUGCAUAGCGCCUAAACCAGAAACUGCGCCAUUGGUCUCCCGCUUAGAAACACCUUCACCCUCUUCAUCGAAUGGCUCACGAACGAGCUCAUCCACUAAGCCAACUCUAGUCACUGAUGAGCAUACGUACUUUUGUAAUCCUGACCAAAAGAAAGAACAGGAUGAGUUAGAAAAUCAACUCGCGGCUCGUAUAAUUUUUAAAAAUUCAUUGUCCAAACACUCAUUGCGCCGAUUUUUUCCUGAUGAUCCAAAUUUAGAAAAUGCACCCCUGAUUCAAUUAAAUCCCCCACACGAUGAUUACAAUUUCGUAUUAACAAAAGACGAAGGCGUAUGCGAGCUUUUUGAUAUUAAGUGCAAUACAUAUUGAGAUUAUUUCUUUGAUGCUUUUUGAAACUUUUUGAUCUUCAGUUAGUCCUUUGUACGAAAAACGCAUUUGUACAUAGCUGACUUCCUUACAAUUGCAAUACAAAUUCGUUACGAUUUGAAUUGGCUUUACUUAGCUAAAUUUUCCUUUUAGCUUAAUUAAUAAACAUUUAUAAAAUAACGAGUUUUUAAUAGCAAAACGCGUAGAAUACAUAUAACCGUACGAUUUAAUAAUCUAUUAUCAAUUUUUAGUUAAUGUCAAACAUUGUAAUUAAUGACUAGUAAAAAUUUUGGAGAUACAUACCUAUGAAUGUAAUUAAGGAAAUCAAAGACUUU